AUGUUUAGACCAAUAAUCGCCAGUCUGAAAUCAUCGUUGCUCAAACUCCAUCCACAGCCAAAUCAGCACGCAGGCCUCAGACACUCAAUCCGGCUCAUAUCAUCCACCGGGGUGCUUCAGAAGCCAGCAUUGGCAACGGAGUCGACCGAGUACCUCACAACGGGAGGAUCAACGCAGUCGGCAUGGCCCAAGAACUUCAGACAGCCCAAACCAAAGACAUGGGAAGAAAGCGGCGAGUCGGCCAUUUCCAAAGCCACGAAAUACUUCUUUUUAUCCGAGAUUGCACGUGGUAUGUACAUUUGUUUAGAGAUGUACUUUCGCGCCCCCUAUACCAUAUACUAUCCAUUUGAAAAGGGGCCCGUCUCGCCUCGAUUCCGCGGUGAGCAUGCGUUGAGGAGAUAUCCGCUGGGUGAAGAGCGGUGCAUUGCGUGCAAGUUGUGCGAGGCCAUCUGUCCUGCUCAAGCUAUCACAAUUGAGGCUGAGGAGCGAGUUGAUGGGUCGAGAAGAACGUACAAGUACGACAUUGAUAUGACCAAGUGUAUUUACUGUGGUUAUUGCCAGGAAUCGUGUCCUGUUGAUGCGAUUGUUGAGAGUCCCAAUGUCGAGUAUAGUACUGCUACUAGAGAAGAGUUGUUGUAUAACAAGGAGAAGUUGUUGGACAAUGGUGACAAGUGGGAACAGGAGUUGCAGUAUUGUAUAGAUGCUGAUGCUCCAUACCGUUGA